UCUCCACCUUACGCUUCUCUUUUCUUCCCUUUCAUCAUCAUCUCUCUUUUCUUCCUUGGCAGAGAGAUAGAGUGAGAGGGUUUUGUUUUGGUUUAUUUUAAGAAUCUGAUGAUUUUCAGCUACAUUUCUGGACGAAUGCCGCCAGCCGUUGGAUCGACGAUGUUGGGAUUUUGAACAGAGCUUUAGAUUCGUAGGUGAAGAUGAUCCAUUUGGAGAACGGAGAUGUUGGGGCUACACCUCCCCUAGAAUGGAAGUUCUCGCAGGUAUUUGGGGAGCGGUCCGCUGGAGAGGAAGUUCAAGAAGAAGUUCGACACUCUUUGAAUGAACUCCAUAUCUUUGAUAUUAUCUCAGCAAUUGAAUUUGACAAAAGUGGUGAACAUCUUGCCACUGGAGAUCGUGGAGGUCGGGUUGUCCUAUUUGAAAGGACAGAUGGAAAAGAUCAUACAUUGAGAAAGGAUUUGGAGAGAAUAGAUUACCCAGUGGCCAGGCAUCCUGAAUUUCGUUACAAGACAGAGUUCCAGAGUCACGAACCUGAGUUUGACUACCUCAAAAGCUUGGAAAUAGAGGAGAAAAUCAACAAAGUUCGAUGGUGCCAAACAGCCAAUGGCGCACUUUCCCUCCUCUCUACUAAUGACAAAACAGUGAAGUAUUGGAAGGUUCAAGAGAAAAAGGUGAAGAAGAUAUCCGAGAUGAACUUGGACCCAUCAGCUUGCAUGGGAAAUGGAAGCCUUUCCUGCCAGAAUGGAGCAGUUGACUUUGAAUUUCCCCCUGGAGGAAUUCCAUCACUUCAUUUACCAGUGGUAGUUGUUGGCCAUGAGACAAACCUUGUUCCAAGAUGUCGGAGAAUAUAUGCUCAUGCACAUGAUUACCAUAUUAAUUCUAUUUCAAACAAUAGUGACUGCGAGACAUUUAUAUCAGCAGAUGACUUGCGAAUCAAUUUGUGGAACUUGGAGAUAAGCAAUCAAAGUUUUAAUAUAGUUGAUGUAAAGCCUGUAAACAUGGAGGACCUCACUGAGGUUAUAACUUCAGCAGAAUUCCAUCCUACUCAUUGCAACAUGUUAGCAUACAGCAGCUCAAAGGGCACAAUUCGGCUUAUUGACAUGCGGCAAUCAGCUUUAUGUGACAGAUAUGCAAAGCUAUUCGAGGAGCAAGAGGCAUCGAGUUCAAGGUCAUUUUUUACAGAGAUUAUCGCCUCAAUAUCAGAUAUUAAGUUCGGGAAAGACGGGCGAUAUAUAUUGAGCCGUGAUUACAUGACCCUGAAGCUAUGGGAUUUAAACAUGGAAUCUGGCCCUGUCUCAACCUUCCAAGUCCACGAGUAUUUACGACCGAAGCUGUGUGAUUUGUAUGAAAAUGAUUCAAUUUUUGACAAAUUCGAAUGUUGUUUGAGUGGCGAUGGUCGGCGUGUUGCCACUGGUUCUUACAGCAAUCUCUUCCGUGUUUUUGGUUGCGCCCCUGGUAGCAACGAGGCAACCACGUUAGAAGCUAGCAAAAACCCUACCAGGCGGCAAGCUCAGAUGCCUUCCCGUCCUGCAAGAUCGCUUACCACUCUAGCACGCGCUCGUAGACGAGGAGCUGAAGGUCCCGGCCUCGAUUCAAAUGGGGGAGCGUAUGAUUUCUCAACAAAGCUGCUUCACCUAGCAUGGCACCCAACUUACAAUGCACUCGCCUGUGCAGCCUCGAACAGUCUGUACAUGUAUUAUGCGGAAGAUAUCAUGGAAAACGGAACUACUAAACAUCAUCAGUGAUAAAAAGAAAGAACUGAUGAAAUGGGAAGGUGGGACACUGAUUCAGAUAAGGCAGCAUGCUCCGCUUCCGGCGAACCUGUAUUUUGUUCCAAAAGCAAGAAGCAGCUCUCUUGUUCAAUUCUUUUGUAGAAAAGAUGCAAUUCUUUUCGUUUCUUUCCUUUUUUAAUUUAAUUGAAGGGGGGACUAGGUGGAAGUAUGUAACUCACAAAUAGUGCUCGAUGGGAGAGGUUAUACUGUGGUAAUGGAGCUUUCUUA